AUGCUAAGCCAUCCAUAUCAGGCAUGCCCCUUAAAUGGCAUGGCCCAGGUCCGGGCUGCAGCUAUUUUUGCUUUGGGCACUGUGCUUGAUGUCAAGUUUGAUGCAUCAAGGAAUGGUCGAGAUUGUAAUGCCGAUGAAAAAAUUAGGGAUGAAGUUAGGGUUGUUAAGUGCCUUUUAAGUGUUGUUUCAGAUGGAAGCCCAUUGGUACGGGCCGAAGUUGCUGUAGCGCUGUCACGUUUUGCCUUUGGCCAUAACAAGAACCUAAAAUCAGUUGCUGUUGCUAAUUGGAAGCCUCAGUCAAAAUCCGUGCUUACUGGUGCAGGUAGUGUCCAUACAACCCCAAGCCGCUACAUGUCGCAAGGAAGUAUAGUUUCAUCUACAAUUUCUCCUUUAUUGGGAGAUUCUGAUUCUGGCAUAUUGAAUGAUUGUGUUAGCAAGGGAGGUUUAAACCACACAAGACCAAGACCACUAGAAAAUGCAUUCUAUUUGAAGUGUGUAUUGGCUAUCUAUACUCUGGCAAAGGAUCCAUCACCACAUGUUGCAAAUCUUGGUCAGCGAGUGCUGUCCACUAUUGGUAUUGAACAAGUGGUUGCUAAAUCUGUGAAGUCUAGUGGUGGAAGUGUACGCCCUGCUGAAUCAACGAGUACUCCAAAUCCUCGUCUUGCUGGACUAGCUCAUUCAUCAUCUUGGUUUGAAUUGAAUGGAGCUAUAUGA